CAACACAAGUAACGCCCAGCCCCUGUGCACAAUGGCCGGUUUUCAUUGGGAAAUAUAGUUAUCAUUCAAGGUCUUACAGAGGAUUACUAUCCAAUCACAGAGCAGUUGGUUCACAAAGAGGACCCUUUCGUCAAGCAUACCAUCAGAAAAUACGUCUCAUCUCGUUCCAGCAUUAGCAGACCUCCCUCCCACUCUCUCUCUCUCCAUCUCUCACUCAUUCUCUCUCAGGCUCUGUAACAGUCGAGUCUCCUCUCCAUCUUCCAGUCGGCUCCAGAGGUCUGCUUUGGGUUUGGUUCUGGUCGUCUGUGUCAGGAUCCCAGGUCCGGUGGGUCUCUCAUCACAACCAUGGUUCCCCUGCUCGUCCUCCUGCUCUCUCUCAUCUCUGCCCUCCAACUGGGCCACGCAGAGCAGCCUGUGGAGGAAGAACUGGUCUCUGUCAGACAGGUGCAGCUGCUGGGGGGCUGGUUCGAGAGGAGUGCAGACAGUGAGGAGGUCCAGGAGGCAGUAAGGAGCGCCAUGGAGGACUUCAACAAGAAGUCCAAGGCCAGGAAGUACUUCAAACUCAUCAACGUCACGUCCGCUGAGACACAGGUGACCAAUAAGAUCAACUAUAGGAUCCAAGCUACGGUGGGGAAGACCAAGUGUCUGAAGACUGAGAUGACAGACAUGGAGUCCUGCGUUCUGGCCAGGAAGCGUCUGACCUGUAAGUUUGAGGUGAAGUUUGACCCCCGCACAAACACGCACGAGGUGGUCAGCUCCUCCUGCCACAAGCAGCCCGCCGUCUGAGGAAUCCAAACCUGCUCGCAGGAGCACGGUCCUUCAACCAGCCGCACCACGGCUGCAGAGACCCGCUCCAGCCAGGACCGGCCUCGUCCGCUGACCUUCAUAGCGACCCCCAUUUUAGAACAAUCUCAGUUUAUCGGAGAUGUAUUUUUUCUUGUCAUGAUUCUUGUUUUGUUGUGAUUUUAGAAAAUAAAAGUGUCUGACGAGAUACAUACUA